GCCGGUAGGCCUACUGUUUGUUCUCCAGUGUUAUACACAACCACUGAAUGGCUCAACGUGAAAUGCUAAGGCCUGCUGAAUGGACAAUAAGGUUUUGGACUCCGAGGUCAAAAAUUAAAAGGAACCCACAAAAGGAGAACUUAAAAGAGGAUUUAUGUUGCAUUCUAAAGGGAAAAAGCAAGGACCCAAAAUACGGGGUUUUAUAAGCUGAAUCUCAGUGCACUGAUGCCAAACGAGAGCACAGUACAGUACAGCGCGCUAAAACUAAAAGGAGUCGAAUUUAUAGAGAAAUUUUGUCAUUGACUUAUCAAUUUUGAAUGUAUCCCAAACUUGUCGUACUGCUUGGCUCUUUAAAAUUAUAACAUCUCGAAUGAUUUAAUUAAGUUAGUAUACAAACAAAUUCGCUGACUUGACUUAAUUGGAUCUCAUUUGCGUGAGUGAAUCUGGCCAACAUUUCGACAAGUGGGUCUUAGAUCGGCCUACCUUGGAACCCAAUUGCUUACGAUGAUACAUGCAGCUAGGGAGCACAUUGACGCAAAACUACUGAAGACAUUUGCUUGAUUGUGACGUUGAAUUGGUUUCUUUCUGAUCAUUAUGGAGGUCAUUCACUCAAACUUGACCAACAGUGUUUCUCUGGAGGAAGCCCAAGAAACUGGUCAUCAGGCCUUGGUAUCGUCCCUUGCGUCAGCCCGAUUCUACAUCAGCAGCGCAAGCAUUUUCGUUGCGCUCUUCGGCAUGGGUUGCGUCAUCUCGAUCAAAGACUUCUCAGAUAGGGAUACGCAUCUUUCCAAGAGCGUCGUCAUCGGACUCACCUUCCAGUCCCUAUUCCAGCCCGUCAUCGGCUACGGGCUCGCACUCCUCCUCGACAUGUCUGCCAGCGAGGCUGUGGCUAUGAUCAUGUUGGCAUGCUCCCCGGUAUCGCCUUUGUGUGCCGUCCUCGUCUACUACGGCGACGGCGUCGUCAUUGUCGGGAUGUGUAUGGCCAUGUUCUCUACCGCCCUCUCCGUCGGACUCAUCCCGUUGUGGUUCUCCUCCUAUGCCAGUAACUGGACACAUGAGUAUUUCGUCGUCGCCAUACCCUUCAACAUUGUCAUGACCGAGUUUUUGAUAAUCAUUCCUACUGUCCUGGGUGUGCUGUACCAGAAGACCUACGGGAAACUCAAAGGAAGGCUAGUGGCCAAGAUCUGCAGCAAUGCCUUCUGGAUCGCCGCCGUCAUCACCCCUGUCCUAAAUGGCAUCACCAACCCCGAAUAUUACAUGGUCGACUGGCGCAUCUGGGUCGGAACCAUAUCGUUACCACCGAUCGGCUUUGUAUGCGGGAUCGUCUUUGCUCUCUUCGCCAGUCUCCCGUUCAAUGUCUGCUGCGCGGUCUCGCUCGCCGUCGGUAUGCCGAAUGUCUACAUCGCCAGCCAGCUCUCAGAGACGUACCUCGCCGGGAACGAAGAGACCUUGAAAGACGUGCAUGGAAUAUUGACUAUAUUUAGCCUCGUGAUGCCUCUGGAAGGCUUCAUUUGGGCGAUCACGUAUCGUAAUAUCGAGGAGAUGUUCCUAAAAAUCUCGCACAAGUGCCGCAGCUGUUCUGACGACAAUUCCGACGACGAUUCAGAUGAUGCCUGGCCGUGAUAACAGAAUAUUGUUAAUGGACGCAAAGAAACCUGGGGCCCGUUUCUCGAAACCGUGACAAGUCUAACUUCUUGACUAUUAAUAUCAGCGUUAGGCUACUUGUCCGCUAUACGUGUUUCAGGAAGCUCUCUUUGCCAAAAUCAAAUACAACUACAUCCUGACUAAGAAGUUAUGAGCUUUCGACCCCUUCAUAUUUUUGUCCUGAUCACUUUUUAGUCUACGCGGUAACUUUGGGCAGGUCUAAAACAAACUCGGCUACGCCUAGUGUGUUUAGACCAUGACCAAAGUUACAUUACAAACGAUUCCUAUCGACCCACAUAUACCUGCGCAUCAAUUGUAUACUAACAAUGGUUAUUGUAUAAUAUUAUUAGGCAUGAUUUGCUAUCUAUGUAAUACUUAUGUAGACAUGUAUAACCUCGUAUUUGUUAUAUGAAAACAGAAAUAAAAUCAAUCAAACAAACAAAACA